UGUAUGAUCGUUCAAAGUUAUUCAGGCCGAGGCUGCUCUCGAUACAGUACCUGAACUGCUUAGAGAGUACAAUCCUGACAUACCAAGAAAACUUUUCACUUUUCCUUCGCGCCCAAAAGCCUCGCAGACGAGCGAAUGGGAACAGCUUCAGGGUCCGUCAUGCCGCCCACGCCCACUUCCAUGCGCGCCCGCCUCCUUGUGGCAGCGAUGGGCGUGAUCGUGGCCGUGGGCGCCGCUGCCUCCCAGACCACCCCGCCUUCCAUGGCAAAGAUUAUCACGGCCAAGUCACAACCCGCCUCAUGGACGCCCAUCCAGCACACCACCCGCCUCGGCACGUUAUCCGGCCGCAGGGAGGACACCAUCGGCCAGAAUCGAACCCACGCCUUCUACUACGCCUUCAGAGGCAUACCCUACGCGAAGCCGCCCGUCGGGGAACUGCGAUGGUCGGAUCCCGUCGAGUCGGAGGACCGUUGGCCUGGCGGUCGCCUUGACGCCUCCGAAUUCAAGGCGAUUUGCCCGCAGUACGACACAACGACGAAGCGGGUGCUGGGUGACGAAGACUGUCUCCAUCUGAACGUGUACACGGCGAAAUUACCAGAUGGUGAGAAAGUCGACGCCCAGGACUCGAAGGAGCUCCUUCCAGUGUUCGUGUUCUUCCACGGGGGCGGCUUCCUGCGGGGCUCGGCUGUGUCCCACGGCGCCGCGCGCUUGCUGGCCCACGACCUCGUCCUCGUCACCGUCAACUACCGCCUCGGGGCUUUCGGGUUUCUGAGUACGGGCGAGACAGCACUGGCCGGGAACUACGGCAUGCUGGACCAGGUGGCCGCCCUCCGAUGGGUCCAGAGGAACAUCGCCCAGUUCGGCGGCGACAAGGACAGGGUCACCAUCGGGGGCUUCUCCGCCGGCGCCGCCUCCGUCCACUUCCACUCGCUCUCGCCUCGCUCUCAAGGGCUGUUUCACGGCGCCGUCUUAAUGAGCGGGAGCGCCAAGUGCUCGUGGGCGGUGCAAGAGAAACCUCGCGCCCACGCCCACCGAUUCGCGCGUGAGCUGGGCUGUCCAGACGCCUCGGUCGCUGAGCUGAGGGCCUGUCUCCUGUCCAAGCGCACGGAGGAGGUGGUGGAGGCCCAGGCGAGGAUGCAUAGAUACAUCUUCUGGCCGCUGCCCUUCAGCGUGGUGGUCGACGGGGGGCUGAGAGAGGGCCCCUUCCUCCCCGUCCCCGUGGAGAACCUGACCCCGAGGGCGCCAGUGCCAGUUCUCUUAGGAAUGGUGCCGGAGGAGGGCAUGCUCUUUGCAUUAGGCACCAUCCUCACCUCGAAGGAGCCGACCGACGUGGCUGCCGUGUACGAGGCCACGGCGCAGUACCUGGUGGCCGCUUUCCUGCCGGACAGCACGGCGGAGGCGGUGGCGAGGCUGGCCGAGUCCCUCUACUACACACCGAAGGCUAGGCGGUCCCUCAACGCCCUGGCGGAGGAGAUGACGGAGGUUCUGACGGACUAUCUCUUCUUGUCCUGCGUGUGGGACACUGCCUUGGCCUACGCCGAGGGUGGCAGCCGCGUGUACACUUACGUGAUGACGCACAGAGAGCCGGAAGGGUACGCGUGGGCUGACGUAAUAUACCAAAAAGCUCGAGGAAUUGGCAUCACCACGCCCCUCUUGGAUGUGGGCGUGUCCCAUGGCGACGAGAUGCUGCACGUCUUCAGCUUCCCUGGCGCCCUCGAGCACCUGCAGGACAAGGCGUCUGCUAAGGAUGAGAAAAUAGCUGCCUUUAUGACCUCUGCCUGGGCUAGCUUCGUCGUGCAUGGCGAACCCAGAACCACCCCGACCUGGGAACCGCUCGCGCCAAGGGAAUCUCAGCCUUACAUGAACCUCUCCCUAUCGCCCGCCAUGGUCCAUUCGCCAUUUAAAAAGCAGAGUCAGAAUUUUUGGCGCCAAACGGUUCCGCUCAUGACGAGUCCGCUGACAACCGCAGUAUUCCAUGGGGCGGCGGUGGAGCAGUGUCCGGGACCCUCCGCUCCUUAAUUGUCUAAAUAUUCGCUGCCUUUUUCGUUCUUUUUUAUUUUACAUUCAACUUUAAAUUGUUAUAUUUGCUGCUUUUUUUAUUUUUUUUAUUUUACAUUCGAAUUUAAAUUGUUCUUCUCUUGUAUAUUGUUAUUGAUAUUCUCGUGAUUUUUCUUUGUUUUUCUUUUUCUUUCUCUUUUGUUUAGCGUUGAUGUUGUUUUCCGGUUAAAAUGUCUUGUUUGACAGAAAACCCAAUUUUAUGAAAUUGUAAAAUUAAUAAAGCUAUCAAAAAAUAAAAAUUGUAAAAUUAAUAAAGUUAUCAAC